AUGAUUGAUACUGACAAUGAUGAUAGUGGUACUAGCAAUGAUGAUAGUGAUACUGACAAUGAUGAUAGUGGUACUGAUAAUGAUGAUAGUGAUACUGACAAUGAUGAUAGUGAUACUGAGAAUGAUGAUAGUGGUACUAGCAAUGAUGAUAGUGGUACUGACAAUGAUGAUAGUGGUACUGAUAAUGAUGAUAGUGAUACUGACAAUUAUGAUAGUGAUACGGACAAUGAUGACAAUGAUGGUACUGGCAAUGGUGAUAGUGAUACUGACAAUGAUGACAAUGAUGAUAGUGGUACUAGCAAUGAUGAUAGUGGUACUGACAAUGAUGACAAUGAUGAUAGUGGUACUAGCAAUGAUGAUAGUGGUACUGACAAUGAUGAUAGUGUCUAA